AGAGCUUCAAUAUCUCUCAAUCCGUUGACGCUAAAAGGAACUAUUUGUGCGCUACAGUCAAAAUUGGAUUAUAAUUUUGUUCUUUUUUUUGUAAUUUUUUUUGUAGAUGUGGAGCUGAAACAUGUGGGUCAUGAUGAGACGAGGAGGUUUGUUUCUGCUGGUGCUGCUGGUGCUUCAGACUUUAUCGGCGAGCCCCCCGGAGUCGUCUAAGAUCACACAAAUAAGACAAACGCUGAUGUUUAAUCCGAUCCGAUACGUCCCAGUGCAAGACGAUGGGUACGUGGGCUCAAGGGAAUGUUUAAAUCAGAGCCACACCCAUAAGUCGUGCGCUCUGGUGUUCUGUCGUCCCUGGGAGCGCUGCGUGGACGGGGCGUGUCACUGUAAACCUCCGUACCUCUGCCCCAGUAAAAACGUCACGAGCGUUUGUGGACGGAAUAAACGAGUCUACAGAUCGUACUGCCACGCAAUGGCUUCCACUUGUCGAAACCGCAGCCCGAUAGUGUCGCAUUUUGCAGAAACCUGUUUACCGGAGCAUCAGAUCUACAACAGCACUGAAGACGCACGGACACAUGUGAUCACUCUGGACGUCCCAAACCCCCUGAACCCUGAGACCGCAGACAGGAAGUUCAUCUGUGGGUCUUCCUGGAACAUGGCGGCUGCAAAUGUUUACUGCAGAGAACGAGGACAUCUACUAGGUGCACAGAGAGCUGAUAAAGCCCGUCCCCCCGUCCCGAGGAGAAGGUCCCGGGAGACGUCUGUCCCACAGAGCUGUGUCCAUGUUCAGUGUGAGGGUUUGGAGAAUAAUCUGGGAGAAUGUGCCCUCCUCAAAAACACGGACAUGGAACAAAAAGUAGCGAAGGCAAACUGCUACUCAGGCCCCGUCAAAGGCUGCGACUUCGAUUGCGCAAACUCCAAGUGUAUUUUCCGGGAGCAGGCGUGCGACGGCGUCAACGACUGCGGGGACCAAAGCGACGAGAUGUGCUGCAGAAAGUGCAGAGGAGAUGCGUUCAGGUGUAACUCGGGCGUGUGCAUUCCCAGAUCUGCGGUCGGCGACGGAGUGAGAGACUGUCUGGACGGAGGAGACGAAGUGGAAAAACUAAAGCGAAAUGAAACUGACUCCAUGAUGGACGACCGAAAUUUCACCACUCCCAGAAAUGAGAUCAGGUUGGGCAGACUGAACUUGGAGUCUUCGGUGAAAUGUGGCGUUCCAAACAUGGACAUUGUGGAUGACGAGGAGGUGGAGGACAGAGCAAGUGGCGGCCGUGUAAAGAGAGUGGUCGGAGGGGCGCCGGCCAGACCACACCAGAUCCAGUGGCAGGUGGCGCUAGUGGACCUUGACCAAAUUCACUGUGGAGGAGCGUACAUCGGGGGCUGCUGGGUCCUCACGGCCGCUCACUGUGUCAGGAACCAGCCCUCUGCUUUUAGGGUGAAGUUUUCUUUGUGGAAGAAGAACCGAGCGCAAGUCACAACUGACAAUGUCCCGGUCCAAAACAUCCACAUCCACCCAAACUACAACGCUAAAACCUACGAGAACGACAUCGCCCUGGUGGAGCUGAUGAAGCUCCCGAACGAGAAAAAGUGUUUCCGUGACAACCCCGCGGUCCGUCCCGUGUGCGUGCCCUGGACCCCUCACCUGUUCCAGCCCAACCACACCUGCAGCAUCUCGGGCUGGGGGCGCACCGCAGAGGGUAAAGCGGCCAAGGUCCUGCUGUGGGCCAAAGUCUCCCUGAUCGCUGAGUGUGAGCGGUAUUAUGAAGAUCGCUUCAAAGCAGGAAUGAUGUGCGCGGGUGAUCUGGACGGCUCUGUGGACUCGUGUCAGGGGGACAGCGGGGGACCCCUGGUGUGCGAGGACGAGCUGGGCGUGUCUUACCUGUGGGGCAUCGUGAGCUGGGGAGACAAGUGCGGAGAGCCAGGCUUCCCUGGAGUCUACACGCAGGUGGCAGAUUUCUUCGAGUGGAUCCGAUUUCAAGCUGGAUGGCCCCUCGUCACACAAUAUAACUCGUGAUCGUUUUAAAAUGUUUGUAAAACUGUACGAGACCAAAUAAAACUUCACUGACAGAAAUAUU